AUGAUCGUCCAUCCAUCUAUCCCAGAAGCGAAACGAAUGUGGACAAUUGGCAAAGUGUGUAAAGAGCCUCGUGGUGGAGAAAUGACCAGCGGCGGCGUUUUUUUUUUCACGCGAGCUCGAGAUGAAAAUGGAGAUCCAAUGGGCUCCAAUCCGAAGAUGUGUUUGGAAAACGAUGCCUCGAGGACAGAAGGCUCGGUUUUUGGCACCAAACGUGGGAAAUUGGGAAGAGUGGAUGAGAAAAAAUGA